GACACAGAGCACCAAGUCAAGAUGACAACAUUAAGACCGUUUACCUGCGAUGAUUUAUUUAAAUUCAACAACAUCAACCUGGACCCCUUGACAGAAACUUAUGGGAUCCCUUUCUACCUCCAGUACCUGGCUCACUGGCCGGAGUACUUUAUUGUUGCUGAGGCUCCUGGUGGUGAACUGAUGGGCUACAUCAUGGGGAAGGCGGAGGGAUCUGUGGCUCGGGAGGAGUGGCACGGUCACGUCACCGCUCUGUCUGUCGCCCCUGAGUUCAGAAGACUCGGCCUCGCAGCCAAACUCAUGGAGAUGUUAGAGGAAAUCUCAGAGAGGAAGGGCGGAUUCUUCGUGGAUCUCUUUGUGCGAGUCUCCAACCAAGUUGCGGUGAACAUGUAUAAACGUCUGGGCUACAGCGUCUACAGGACAGUGAUCGAGUAUUACUCAGCCAGCAACGGAGAACCAGAUGAAGACGCAUACGAUAUGAGGAAAGCUCUGUCCAGAGACACAGAGAAGAAGUCGAUCAUCCCGCUGCCACAUCCUGUCCGACCAGAAGACAUUGAAUAACAGUAGACUGUGGCUCUCUGCAUCCUGAUAAUCACAUGUGAAUUCUACGCAACUACAGGUCCUGCUCAGUUACAUUGUACAUAAUUAAACUGUCAGAGGCUUCUUACCGUCUCUCAGUGAUUAGUCAGAGAGCCACCGAUUGUACAAAUUCCAGUUUCCUAUCCUGUAAAUUCUAAAUUAACAUUUCACUGAGAAAUAAGACAACAGGCGAGUUUGAAUUGAUGUACGUAUAAUGGCAUAGUGACAAAGAAAACAUGGUCGUACAAUAAAGACUGCUCAUGAGAUGCUUUUGUUUUUGUUA